UACUAUAUUCCUGCUGUGAAAUUUGACUUUCUGUUUCAACAGACUUCGAAGCCGAUUCUUAGCAUACAAAGCCAUUGCAUGGCUGGUGCUACGAUCCUACUCGAGUUUUAGCGUCGCUAUAACAGCAGUAUUGUACAAUUUUAGAGCUAUUUUUUCUGCGGUAUCACUUUUUGGAGCCGAAGCAAAGAUAUUGUAUACGUUGUUAUCACAAAUCGUUGAUUGAAAGUCGAAUAAUCGGCAAAAUAACAUGGCGACUCUACCAAUGAGAUGAUUAUUGGUACAAUAGCACGACUUUUAAUUACAAUGAGCGACGUUUUAAUUGAUAAGCAAAAUCCAAAUCAUCGUUAGAGAAAAAUUACGUUCGGACUUGAGCACAAUUGUAGUUUGUUCGUUGAAAGAGACUUCCAUACAAAUACUCAAUCAAAUCUAAUCCGUUUGUUUUCACGCCAUAGUGAAAUACGUUAAAUAUGUUAUAGAAAUAUUACAAAACUGUAAUAUCAGUACAGCAUGUAAAAAACAGUAUCUUGCUACAUCGAGCAGCAUUCAAUUGUUACUUCUGUGAUUAUACCUUUUAGAUAAUCAAAACAGAUACCGCCGUUUACUUCAAUUUUCAAUUGUUGGAAACAGUACGUUGAUAUCUUCUAAACGUCGUUCGUAUGUCUCUUAUGAAGUGUAUGUAGUAUUGUUUCAAACACAUCAGUUAACAGACGUUGCUAAAAAACUGUCGAUCAUAAUAGAGCAUGUGAUUAAAGUGUAAUAAUAAAGCGCGUACUUAUAUACCAAUUCGUGGAACAGAGUAGCUUCAGCUGAGCACAGAAAUGCUAAAUAUUAAAAAAGUUAUAUCCAACCCAAAAUAUGUCGCCGGUGGUGUGAUUGUACUAGUUGCUAUACUAGCAGUUUCGAUCGCAGUUCCUCUUGCAGUGAAUUCCGACUCCGGUAAAAAAGAGGAAGCAUCUGGUCGCUCUGUUCUGGACGAGGUGCCUCUUAUCGAUGGCCAUAAUGACCUACCACUUAAUUUAUACCUUAUAGAACGCAAUCGUAUCAACUCUUUUAACUUGAAUCGAAACUUGAAAGAUGAUCCCAAAUGGGGGACAUCCAGUACUAGUCGCACGGAUAUUCCGCGACUUUUGGAAGGUAAAGUCGGAGCCCAGUUUUGGGUUGCUUACGUUUCCUGCGAGACGCAGUAUCGUGACGCUGUUGAGCGUACGUUGGAACAGAUCGAUGUUAUCAAGCGAUUGAUCACAAGACAUCCCGAGUAUUUUGCCUACAUAACUUCCGCCGACGGGAUAAUGGAAGCAUUCAAACAGAAGAAAUUAGCAUCUCUAAUAGCUGUCGAAGGAGGACAUUCGAUGGAUUCUCGCUUAUCUAUGCUGCGUAUUUACUACGAAUUAGGUGUACGCUACAUGACUUUAACUCAUACAUGUAACACACCGUGGGCAGAUGCUUCCCCGAUCGAUGUCAAUGAGACAGCCGUGCUGAGAAAUGUCUCCGAAUGGGGAAAGAAUGUGAUUUGGGAAAUGAACCGUCUCGGCAUGCUCGUGGAUAUUUCCCACGUAAGUCAUGGAGUUAUGUUGGAAGUACUACAGUACACAAAAGCACCUGUUAUAUUCAGCCACUCGUCUUCCCAUCACGUAUUCCCUCAUCAUCGCAAUGUGCAGGAUGAUGUACUGAAAAAACUGAUCGAGAAUGAUGGAAUUAUCAUGGUGAAUUUUUAUCCGGCGUUUAUUGGUGGAAACACGAUCGAUGAUGUUGUUCACCAUUUGAACUACAUCAAAUCCGUAACGGGUCCCGAUCAUAUCGGCCUCGGCAGUGACUUUGAUGGUAUAGAAAUGACUCCGGAGGGCCUUGACGAUGUUUCAAAAUAUCCGGACCUCUUCGAUAUACUGGGCUCGGGAGUCUUCAGAAAUGGAACCACGUUCGACGCUUGGUCCCGGGACAAUCUUCAGAAACUUGCCGGGUUAAAUCUGCUCCGCGUAUUCCGUCAGGUAGAAAAAAUACGUGAUAGUAUGUGGACCUAUCCGCCGUACGAGGAUUUGAUUCCAUAUCAGGAAUUUGUUGAUGCGGGCGUUGAAGAGCAACCGUGUAUGAGCGACAUAAAUAUUCACAAAACUUAGAACUGUCAUUGCAUCUAUCGAACAAAAAUUUUUAAAUUUAUUACUGUUUGUAUUAUACAUGGUAUAAUAAAUUAAGAUUAGAAGGUAUGCGUCACAGCUUCAAUCUCCAUCAAA